CGCAAAGAUACUAAUGGGUGGUGCCGGCUGCCACACUGGAUGGUAGGUACUGCCUGCCUGAUACGCCGGGUAUAAAACGAAACCACCGGUCGCUAAACAGGUUCAGUAUCACAAAUCGUAUCUUCAAAGCGCAAUUUGUUCUCGCGUGUAUUCCGAUCUUCCGGUUUACUACAGUAGUGGACUGAAAACAAUUUCGAAUAAUUUUCAAAUUUAUAUCAUACAGAAGAGCACUGUACCCCAUCAACCACAAUGCUAUUAUCCCCGAGCACCAUCCUGUGGACCGUAGCGGCCGGUCUACUAGUCUACCGGUGCUUCCGCUUCGUGUUCGACCGCCCACCGAACUUCCCCAGCGGUCCACCUCGCCUCCCCCUAGUCGGAAGCUACCUCUUCCUACUGGCGGUCAACUACCGGCACCUCCAUCGGGCAGCCUUGCGCCUUUGCCACUUCUACCGCACCAAAAUCCUCGGAAUCUACCUCGGGGACUUUCCCUCGAUCGUAGUCAACGAUCUGGCCAUCGCCAAAGAAGUCCUCGCCCGCAGCGAGUUCGAUGGCCGCUCGGAUCUGUUCUUGGCCCGGAUGAGGGAGCGGAACUUCCUCCGAAGGGGGAUAUUCUUCACGCAGGGACCGCACUGGAAGGAGCAGAGGCGCUUCGUGCUGAGACAUUUGCGAGACUUCGGCUUCGGAAGACGGUUCGACGAGCUGGAGGCGGAGACUCACAACGAGAUCACGACCCUGCUGGAUGUGCUUCGGUAUGGGCCAAAAUACGAUCAUGAAAAGCUGUUUGCCGAAGACGGUUACGUCAAGUGUCCGGAUGUGUUCUACGGACUACUGGGCAACGUGUACUUUCAAGUGAUCUGUGGAGAGCGAUUCCAGCGGCAAGAUAUGGGACAGCUGUUUGAAACUGGCCGCCACGCAAUCAACUUCCAACAGAAGGGUGACGAUUACGGAACCAUCCUCAGCUAUCUGCCUUGGCUGAAGGACUACUUCCCGGAGGCCACCAACUAUCGCGUUCUCCGUGAAGUGAACAACCGGAUGAACGACCUGAUAGAGGCCAUGGUUGGCAAAUACCUGGCCUCAUAUGACGAUAAUCACAUGCGAUGCUUCCUGGAUCGGUACAUCUACGAAAUGAAACGAACCAAACCGCUGGAAGGGGAAGCCUUCACCUUUCAAUACGACCAGCUGGUAAUGAUCCUGUGGGACAUGCUCUUGCCCACCCUAUCCGGCUCAGCCAUCCAGCUUUCGAUGCUGCUGGAACGGAUGCUCCUGAACCCCCACGUAGCCCGUAAAGUUCAACAGGAACUGGACGAGGUCGUUGGCCAAGGCCGCCUUCCCACUCUGGACGACCGUAUCAAUCUCCCCUUCACAGAAGCUACUCUCCGCGAAGGGCUCCGAAUCGACACCCUGGUCCCGUCCGGCAUUUCUCACGUGGCCCUCGAGGACACCAAGCUGCGGGGCUACGACAUCCCCAAGGGUUGCUUCGUAAUGCUCGGACUGGACAUAGUCAAUAACCAGCGGGAGUUCUGGGGCGAUCCGGAAAACUUCCGACCGGAACGGUUUCUGGACGAAAGGGGUAACCUUUCGCUGCGGCAGGACAUCUCCGUUCCGUUUGGCGCCGGAAAGCGACUUUGCAUUGGGGAAACGUUUUCCCGGAAUACGCUGUUUUUGAUGUUUACCGCUUUGAUACAAAAUUUCAACAUUAGCCAAAGGAAGGGUGAUUCGCUGCCGGACUUGGGCAAGCGGAUAACCGGGGUGGUCACCUCGAUGAAGCCGUUUUGGGUUCGGUUCGAGGCGAGAUGAAUGGCGGAAGUAUUCCAACAUAGAAUUAAGCAGUUUUAGUGCAGUUAUAAAGACUUACCUCAAAUAAAGUAUAGUUGUUUUGUUAUCAA